AUGACGGAAGCUACGAAUACGAAAUUGAUGGAUACGGAGAGGGGAGGAGAAAAUACACAAUAUGAAUCCCAGAAUACAUUCACACAAUCUCAUGCGAAAGAUCAGGGGACUUUUGGAGGACCCACGGAAGCGACGCUCCAGAAAAACGCAGAACAUAAAGCGCGCGGUGAGCAAACGGCGGAGAAUAUUAGAUUUGGUGAGGCGAUUAGUGAGCAUGGGUUUGGAGGGGAAACGGUUGGGAAUUCGAGGGGUGUAGGGGGUGUUGGAGAGAAGGAGGAAACGGACGAUACGAGAAGAAAGAUGGGAUAUGGAGAGGGUAGUGGAAUUGGUGCUUGA